CCCAUCGAGUAUAAUUUUACUGAGAAGAAUCAGUGUUGAAGAAUCCUGUUGACCUUAUAAAAGCUUAAACUUAUAUUUUAACAGGUUUUACUCAAUUCUUACUCACGUUACUUUAACUACAUGGAUAUAAACAGGCGCUCGUUUUAAUUCCUGGCUUUUGCUGAUUAUUGCCUGAAGGGUUUGCUUGCUUGUCUCAUCCCACCAAUCAACUUACGGCAAGGUUUCAUAUACGGUAUAUGUGAAUAUGGAAAAUCGAGAUGCCCCGGAAACGCGUCGAGAAAGUGCACCACAUCCACAACCCUUCCCCCAGGCCAUGUUGCCUGGGUACGAAUACGAAAGACGCUUAAUUUCAUUGCAAGACAAGUUGGAAACUGCGAAAAACCAUCGGACGUACUUGUCCGCUAUUUGGCAGCACGAUGCGGAGCAGAACCCGCAAAGUGUGGACACCCGUGUGAGACAUCGUAAAACGACGGAACCGUCGCAUUGGUAUUUACAACCAGAUGUCGCUCCCGCGAGAAGAGAAACGGCAGGUCCGGUGAUGGUUAUGAGACCGAUGACGGUGCCAGUGUUUCAGGAACCGCAACCGCAGGUUGUGGUUCCAUUGGCACCACCUGUUCCUGUGCAAAGGUAUGCCCCUGUGGCGUCCUGGGUGGACCAGAGACAGUUCACUGUACCGAGUGCAGCAUAUCCAGAGCACUUCAGGCCACCUGUUUUGCCUCCGCCAUACAUGGGUCCAAGGGAUUACGUAGAGAAUCAGGCUGUCAUGCAAAGUGAAGCGAGUAAUAAUCUUACUUUCCAUCAGCCUCAGACGUGGAAUCCUCAACAACAAUAUGAGUUGAGAGCCCCUGGUGUAUCCAAGCUGUCAUUGAGGAAUCAAAGUCAACAUUACCAAGUGGAAAGAGGUUCUGACAGUUCCAGACAACAAGAGUUGCCAAAGAGGACAUAUCACAUGCCAUUCCCAAACAGCUAUCAGCGUUUGUCCAAUGGUUGGCCACCUGCUGUUUCCAACAACAUGAGCCAGAGCAGUCAUCAGCAGCCUCAUCAGGUGCACAGGAUCAUGACUCCCUGUCAAGCAGCACCAGAGCAAAUGCCAUCAUAUUACAGACAAAGUCAACCAUUGGAAACACCAGCACCACCAUCAUACCACAGACCAAGUCCACCCUCAAUGGAGACAUCGCCACCAAUAUAUCAUAGACAAAUUCCAUCCUUGGAGACACUAGACAAGGGUUCACUAUUGGCAAGGUACUCUAUGCCACCUGCACCCAUCCCCAUGCAAGCCCAUGUGGGUACAACAAGGACAGUGCAAAACACCCCUGUGCACAUUUAUUCCACAGCACCAUCAGCAGAACCCCAAUCUCAAGCAGUGACACACCAUGAGUAUCCCCAAGAAACCCACCCACAAACUACUGCAUCUGAAAAAGAACAACCUGCUGAUGUGAAACCACCUGAAAACACAGGUUUCUUGAGAAGAAUUUUUGGAGGUGCAGAUGAAGCUGAUUUCAACACUUUGAAUAGUGUGAGACUACAGGUUGGGAUGUGCUCUGGAUGCUUGGUUUUAUUGCACAAGUGUGAAGAAACAGAGCGGAUGCUGGUUGCCCAAUGUGCUCAUUUGUCUACCAUGGAUGAGGAAAUGAAUGAGGAUUCUGAACUGAGAACAAAAGGUGGAAAUGAUCCAUCUGUUGAGUCAAGUGAGGAUCUUGAUGACUCAUCAUCAAUGGAGGAAUCAAGCAGUACCGUGACUAACCGAGAAGGGGAAAUCCCGGGAGUUGGUCUCCUCACCGGAGGCAACCUAGCCCCGCGGGAAGGCAUGAGCAGUUCCGUCCCGGACCUGAACGAAGCCGCGAUGGCACUGAUCACCGGAAACCCAAGCGGAAAUACGAGCAAUAACAUCGCAGGAUUGGCUCCCGGAGACGAAGCUGCUCCGGAAAACGAAAGCGACGUUCUCCCACUUCCUGUGACUGACAUCGAAACGAGGGUCUUACAAUCCCAAGUCGAAGCUACGCAUCCUAUCGCACCGGUGCUGGAGAAGCCAGGAAUGACGCGCUCAUCUAAGCCUCAUCAUCAUAACAAACGUCAGAAUAAAAAACACCGUUCGUCUUCGAAUAGAUCCAACAGAAGAUCCGGAAGUCGCAACAGUCGCAAGAAGAGCAGUAAGCAUUCAGCCAGUUAUUUAGCCGUGCCACCGAUCAAGUCCGAGUACGAUCAGAUCCUCGAGCGAAGCAAUCAACUACCGGAAGAGGUUUUCAAUCCCUGUCGCGGGCAUCAGUUUGGGUUCAUGGACGAGCUCCAGUCUGGCUUAUCUGAAAUGGUUCCUUUUGUUCCGGACCCUAAACGAACCGAUACUUCGGGAUGCGAUGAGGCGUUUUCGGAAGGGGACACGACAACUGAAUUGAGUGCGCGACCGAGCAAGCUGAAGAAACGGAAGCACUCUCGCAAAAGUUAAACGCCAAUGCACAUUCUCUGGCACCGAUUCUUUGUUGAACAAUACACCGAACUGAAGCACAUAGCCUCCAUAAAAAUUAUCCGCGAUAUCGAUAAGCAGUUUACCUCUACACGUACUUGGACGAAUAACUUAUUCGCAGAUUCUGCUCGACUCUUCGUAGCUCAUGCCUCAAGUUUCACUUACGGAGCGAGUCACAAAACCGACAAAUCUGGGCGGCUCAUUUGAACGAGUCGCAGUGCCACUGAAUUAUCUGUUCUCAACUGCUGCUCCUUUUGAGCUACACACUGAUUUUAUAUAAAAUGAUACAAGCGGCAUCUGUGUGAUCAUGAGACA